GUCCAACCCUGAUUUACCGCAUCUCCAACACCACAGCUAAGCUCUUUUCUUAUCUUAUUUUCCCUAUUGCUAUAGCUAAUUUUAAACUUUAUAUAACUAAGGAGAGGUUGGUACGAAGUGGUGCAAAGGGAGGGAUUUUACAAUUCUUUACAAUCCCCACUUUAAUUGCUUUGUGAUUUCGUUCCAUUGCCAUUGCUCCAAGACAUUCUAAGGCUCUCCAUAGCUAUAUCACCUGCUAAGGAGCUGAGGAAAACAAUAUAAAAAGUGUUUCAGAGCGGAGUGGAGGGUCCCCUAAGUUCACAAGCGAAAAGUUUUACAUCCAAGAGGUACUCUGACUACCUCAAAAACCCAAACCCAGACUCAAUUUUCUUAUCACCUGUUACCCAAGAAGAAAUCAUCGGGAUUAAUGGCAACAUCUAUCCAGGAAAAUCUUCUGGACCAAACAGUAUUCCAAUCAAAAUUCUAAGAUUGUUGGAAAAUGAUAUUUCCAAGCCUAUAUCAAUUUUAAUCAAUCUUUCGUUUGAAUCUGGUAUCUAUCUAAAAUAAAUCUAUGAAAAGGUUAUGUACAACAGAAUCAUAGGCUUUCUCAACAACCAUGAUAUAUAUCCUAUAUUCCAAACAGUUUGGAUUCAGAAAACAGCAUUCAACAUCACAGGCUGUGCUUACUAUAGUUGAACGCAUUGACAUUGCCUUGACAAAGGUGAGCUUGCCUGUGGAGUGUUUGUCGACUUACAAAAAGCUUUUGAUACUGUUGACCACAAAAUCCUUCUAUCCAAGCUAAAUCACUAUGGUAUGCGGGGAAAAGCAAAUGAUUGGUUCAGGUCAUAUUUAACUGGUCGUCUCCAGUAUGUCUCAAUCGGUGAAUUCAAAUCUCAACUUAAAGCCAUUCUACAUGGUGUGCCUCAAGGCUCUGUUCUUGGUCCGCUGCUGUUCUUGUUGUAUAUUAAUGAUCUGCAUAAUUGUAUCAAAUCGUCAGAGACCUAUCAUUUUGCUGACGACACUCAUCUGCUGAAAUUCUCAAAAUCACUAGAAUCCCUUUGUAGAGGGAUGAAUGCUGAUCUUAAACGCCUUGUGUGUUGGCUUAACGCCAACAAAAUAUCACUGAACUCCAGCAAAACAGAGUUUCUUGUAUUUAGAUCCCAAUCUCAUAGGCUUAAAUUUUUACCUUUUUUGAUUCUAUGCGGUAAGCGCAUUUAUCCUAGCAAUUGAAAUUGUUGAUGAACAUCUUUCCUGGAAGUAUCAUGUCUCAUCUGUGGCUACUAAACUUCAAAGAGCCAAUGGGAUGUUAUCUAAAAUUCGUCACUAUGUUCCCCUAAAAUCCCUGCUAAACAUUUACCAUGCUAUGUUUAGUUCUCACUUAAGCUAUGCUUGCCAAGUAUGGGGCACUCGAGACACCACAGUAGCCCACAGAAUACUUACCCUCCAAAAGGCUGCCCUUAGGCUGAUCACCUUCAGUGAACCAAGAUCCCCAUCUUUGCCUAUAUUUGCAGAACUUAGAAUUCUUAAAUUCUUCGACCUAGUUAAAGUCCUUAACAUUCAAUUUAUCCACAAAUUCCUAAACUUUAACCUCCCAUCUGACACACUUACCUCACUCAAAUUUGAUCGAAUCUCACACUCUCAUGAAACUAGAUGUAACACAAUUGGUUUGCUUAUUGAACCAACAGUUAGCACAUCGACGUUUGGAUCUUUUUCAUUCUCUAGAAUCUCCACAUUACAGUGGAACAAUCUGCAAAGAAAUUAUCCUGAUACUAACCUCACAAACUGUAAAUUAAGCACAAUCAAAUCCCUAGCUACAAGUUUCUACAUGAGUCAAUACAUCAACUAGCUUUCCUCUUCAUUAUUUUACUUUUUUCUAUUUGACUAUAUGGUACUGAAUUUUCAUUUAUACUAAUUAUAAUCAAUAAUGCUUUUUCAUUUUAAUCUUUGUAAACUUACAGUAUUUACUGACGUAUGAAAAUAUUUCACAUUUUUCUUGGUGGCUUUCUCCUUUGUUUAGCCUUGGCUAUCGGGAAAGUCUCCUUUCUAAUUGCUAAUUUAUUCUUUUAGUAAUGUAAAUUGUCAUUUCUUAGGUAAAUAAAUAAAUAAAAAAAAAAAAAAUACUCCUUUCGGUUGAAUCGUAUAAAACACAAAGACACAAAGUUCCCAUGUGCUUCAUAUGGUAAUCGAUCAAAGGGUUUCAUCUUUGCCAAAGCGAAAAAGGUUUAAUUUGAUGAAACAUAUCCUGGAGUUUUCUGCAUUAACAGUACUGCAGUGUGUUCUGGAUGCAAUAUUGCAUGGGCCAGUGACGUUUUGUUUAGAACCUGAUGUAUCUGAAAAUGCUAAAAAGUGUGUUAAAAGGGACAAGAAUGGUGUCCGCCAUCAGUGUGCAGUUCGGGUCAAGUUAAAAAAAAAAUAGAAAAAAUUUCUUUAUCAGGAAUUAUUUUCUGGUUUAGAAAUUAUGAGAUUUCCAGAUCAGGAAAUUUUUUUCAAUUUUCUGAAAUUUAUUCUGAUUGAACCCAAAAAAUGAAUGAGAUAUAUAUAUACAUAUAUUUAAAGAUCUUCAGUAGGUGUUGAUAAUUCCACGAGAACCGCCUGUUAGAAUUUAUAUAAAUGCGGCUUUCAAAACGAAUGUAGACAUUGAAAAAGUUUCCUGAUAUAAUAUAUAGUGAAAUAAUUUCUGUUUCUAUAACUUCAGCUGCACUGGUGUGCACUCAUGGGCAGGGUUAAAAAAGUAGAUUUCCACAUCAACCUUUAUAUAUAAAAUAUUUAUCGCUAACAGGAGAAAGAACGUACUAUCUGCAAAAUAUGCAGCUAGCUAUGUUCUUUUGCUGACUUUGCUAAACUUUUUGGUUUUUAGUAUGAAAUUGUUCGAGACAAGAAAUUUUGUGGAUGAGUAUAGCUAGAACAAGCUAUUUGAUGGGACAUUCGUACAGUGUAGAAGUUUCUCACUCAAAAAAUAGCUAAAAUAGUAUGUUCUCUUACUCAAUUUGAAACUUCCGGGAAAAAUAACCAGCCAAAGUUACUGGGAAACAUAGUGGGGGAGAGUGCUUGAUAUUUUUUAUGUAAGGGGCGAGACGCGGAAAUUCUACACAGCCUUAUAUUUGGCUUAUAUAAUGAGGAAAUGGGCUCCACUACGCUCCAUUCGCUGGCCCUCACUAUGCUUUGCUCCGCAAUUAAAGAAUCUUGUCCUAGACAUAUUUAAAUACAAAAAAAUUUGUUUUUUAUUAAGUUGCCGCCCAAGAUUUAUGCAGUUAGAUAAUUGUCCCAGAGUUUGUUGAUUAAAGCAAGGUUUCCUGGGAGUUCCAUGUCGCCAAGUACAUGAAUAUAAAAAUACAUAAGCUGUCAACCCCAUCCCAAGUGUGUUAUCUUUAAAGAUGAGUGUAAUGUAUAACAAAAGGUCCCGGAAACGCUGCACUGCACACAAGGGGAUAUCUGCCGACUUAAAGCGUGUAAAAAAAUUCAAAAUGGCGGCCGUAGAAAACCGAAUCAACCCAAAACAACUUUUUUAUAUCAUUUAUUCGAAUAAUAGCUGUAAUAAAUUCCUCAAAUAAUAAAUUGAGAGUACAAUGACAAAAUAGCAUCUUUCUUCUUCUUGAAAAAUUUUAAAUGCAAACAAUGAGCUAGCGCGGGUUGCCUUUUUAACGCAAUCAAAAUAAAUGAACUCUUUUAAUGCAGAUACUCAAACACAUAAGGACGGCAAACAAGGAACUGUAAUUCAAUUUCUUUCAACCUUAGGCAACACAUAGUGGACUAAUUAUGCAAUAUGUAGCCACAUGAUGGAAAGUCACCAUGACUGACAAAGCUCUAGCAGGCUUUGUCAGUCAGGUUGUCAGCUGUUUCCUUAGGGGCUUUGCGACAUUAUUUUUUUAUCAGCAUUUCACUUAUGGGUACUUGCGUUUCCCCAUCUGUCAUCAGCUAAAAAUUUUGAAAAGUAAUCACAGUUUACUUCUCUCAAUAAAAGUUUUAAGAGCUUGAAAAGUUGUCUUUUUUUUUGAAAAAUCUUGAAAACUUGCCAAAAUGUGGCUGUAUAUCAGAGAUGUUCAUCUGGAAAUAUAUCUGCAUCGUAAAUGAUGAUUAGACUUAAGAUGGAUUUAUAUAAAAUAUCCAAAAUAUAAUAUAUAUAUAAUGUUAAUAAGGAAAUAAAUAAUCAUUUUUGUUCAACUAAUAUAACCAUGCAUCUCUGGAAUACAGGAAAUUGGCCUGUGCCUCCUUCACUAUCUGGGAAAAAUGCUCACUGAUAAUCUCUUACUAUAGCAGAAUAUUCAAGCCUUAUUUACAAUCAAAUCACACACUUAGAAGAAGAACAUAUACAACAUUUUGCAGCAUUUAGUCUUUAAACUUGUGCAAAUAAAAAGUACUGCAGAAGAGUAAUUAUGAUAGUUAAUUUUUUGCUAUAAUUUUUGCAGAAAGAAUUUUUGCAGGAUUACUUUUGUCAAUUGGAAGGUUUUUUAUAUGCCAUCCAAAGAAAUAGAAAUAAAAACAUUAUAUAUUAUAACUUUUCCCAUGUUGUUUUAAGUGUUUUUGAGUCAAUUUAAUUGUUAAAUUGUUAUUAUUUAAUUGUUAUUAUUUAAUUAACUUAUAUUUUUGUCUUUUGCUGUGAAAUUCUGUAGAACUUAAUCUUGCGGAUAGGAGGAAAAUUCAUGAAAAUAAUUGCCAAGACUUUUAAAAAUAUAGGCAAACAAUUAUCAGGGACAUUUAAGGGAAAUUUUUGGCUUUUUGUCAUGAAAAGGUCAGGGAUUAUACUUUUCACUAAGUCGAAAAUGACAGAAUUUUUCAGCUAAAAAUGUCAGGAGUCAGGAAAAUCGAGGCCAACAUUUAAGUGGACACCCUGUCAAUGUGUUUCUUCCAAAAUUUCAUCCUUAAAAAGGUAUUUACACGAUUAUUUUUACGUGCUUAAAAGAUUUUUAGUAAUACUUGUCUUACAUUAUUUUUUUGUCCAUGUGGGUCCAGAAUAGGAAAUAUGCAAGAUGAACCAGGAAUCCAUUUGCAUUGCUUAAACUGUUAUGAAUUAAAUUGUUUCAAACAUCCAAACUGUCCAACAAUUUUAUGUGAAAAUCAAUGUGGGUUAAAAUAUCAUGCCUGCAAGGAUGAAGAGCACAAGUUAGUUUGUAGAAGGCAUGUUAGACCAUGCAUCAAUUCCUGUUUUGGAUGUCCCUUUCAAAUAGAUAGUGUGUCUUUGAUGUCACAUUUGGAAUGUUGCCCUGCAAGUGUUGUUCACUGUGGAAUGAACUGGAAUCGGUAUCCUUUGUAUUCACAGAUACGGGAACAAUGGCUGCCAUUUUGGCAGGGAAAUCCAGUUCCAAAAGAUGGUGACUUAGAUAUUGAAUUUGCAUGUUCCGAUCAAAAGCAUUUGAACAAAGAAAUGUCGCUCAGAAUGAAGAGGGGUAAACUUCAUUUUCUUCAAAAUCAGAAACAACUAAACAAAGUGAGUCCGAAACGUAUCAAGAAGCUAGAAGUAAUGUUAGGCGGCUUAGCUGUGACCUCCUCCAUUGAUAAUAACAACAUUGAUGAGGAUGAUGCAGACAGCGAUGAUGACGACUUUGUGACCUACGAUGGAGUGGCUUCGUCUGGUCUGUCGAAUAUAUCAACUGUAGUUAUGAACACAGACAUUCGAAGCGGUUAUUACGAUGUGCCACUGAAUUACCGAGAUAUGACAGGAAUAUCAAAAUUUCCGAUGUCCUCCUCCGUUGUUGUCAAUGAUUAUUUACCGACAGAGAACGUCGAAGUGAUUAGCGAGGAUGAGAAAAAGUUGCGUAUGAAGGCGUAUUCCAAUGUAAAGUUCGACGGGGAAACUUUAGGCUUAAACGUCACCAUAGAGACGAUGCCUAAAUUUCAAAACCAGUACCCGAUGUAUAGUUUUUCGUGUUCCAACGUUUUUCGUCGUGAUCAGUUUACAUGGCACUGUAAAAAUAUGCACUGUGAUAUCCAGUCUUCAUUAAACGGCUGGAUGAUGGAGAGGUGCCCACUUGCGAAUUAUGGCUGCCCAUACUCACAAAUUCGUUUUAAACCGAAAGAUAGAAAAGUUCGUUUUCUGAACAUGUUUUCCUGCUUUACUUCGUAUUCUGACAUCACGUCAAACAAAAGCGACGACGGUAGGGAUCAAGAAAACAAGACGACACUUUUCGAUUUACCACCUGAAAUUAUUACCUAUUUAUUAUCUUACCUCGAUAACCUGACUUUAAACUGCGUUGCAAAAACCUGUCACGUACUAAGAAAUGCGUGUUAUAAUAUGUUGGAUAACAGAGGCAUUGUGAUGGUUAUUUGGAACAAGAAAACAUAUGAAGAGAGUAAUUCUUCAUCCUGGAAAGAAGAGAAAAAGGUAAGAUUCUUCACUACAGCUAGUUCACCUAUGAGAGAUUGGGUUUACACAGAUUCGCCACCCAUUGGUCAUCACCUAGCAACCUGUCCAUUCUUUACCAGAAAAAAGCUUUCUAAAGCGGUAAAACUACCUAUGGAUGGAGUUAAGUUAACGAAGGUAAAACCAAAAAAUUACACGCCACCGAGAACACAUAUUUCACUCUCCUCCACAGAUGAUUGGUCAGAUUAGGUUUAUAUUUUUUAUCUAUAUUUUUUAUUUUUUCUUAAUGUUUCGUCACAUGCGUUUUACGUUCUUAUUUGCAGGUAUCUAAUGUUAGUAACCUAUACAAAUCUUUCUAUUAAGUAUGUAUUGACAUAAACAAGAUACUUUAAUGGGAUAAAUUUUGGCGAGGAUUAAAUUUCGGCAAAAUUCACCAAAUUAAAUACUCGCUAAAUUUAACAUGAUUUACUGUUCGCCAAAUUAUAUCUCCGCCAAAUUUAAAAAAUAAUACUUUUUUUUUAAUUAAGAAAAGAAAGGUUUUUUCUUAAAAAACGAAUUUUCGUUUUAUAUUUAUAAUGAAAAAGAAUUUUUAAAUCUAUAACAAAUCUAGCCAUUAUAUAUACGUUUAUUCUUAUUUUUUAUAAAACAUUUCAAGACAUCAAAAUUCAUUUCUUUGUGUCUUUCGCCAAAAUAAAUCCCCGCAAAAAUAAGCAAUUUUUUGUAUUCGCGAAAUUAAAUCCUCGCCAUAUUUUAUAAAAUUUAUCAUUUGCUAAUUUCAAUCCCCGACAAAUAUUCCAUUUUGGUCAUUCGCCACAUUAAAUACUCGCCAAAAUUUAUACACAUAUUUUUCGUUUUACCUAAAAGCUUUUAUUAAAAUUAUACUUAUCAAACUCCAAUAAGAAUUGAUAAGAUUACAUGUAGCCUGGUACGCCUCGCCUUAAUAUUCACAAUGUUUUGUGCGAAAGGACGCAUGCUGCGCUUUCUAAUUGGCUGGUGGAACACAUCGCGCUUUCUGAUUGGAUAAGCAAAAAUGUUAAUCAAUGGUUGGUGGUGCAUAUUGCGGUGUCAGCAGUCGAAAUCAGUUCUAUUUUAAACAGAAGCCAAAUUUCGCCAUCUAGCAAACUGAUUCGUUGCAACAAACUGCACGUAGUGAUGAACUGAUGAUUGCAGAAACAAUUUGAUGUUUUUUCAUCUAUCUUUUAUUUUUUUAAAAAACCCGAAUUAUAACUUUCUAAAGUGACAUAAAUUCCUGCUGACGAAGGAAAAGUGACGUAUUUUUUUAUCAAUGUAAUUAAAGUAUUUAUACAAUGUAAUUAGAAUAUUUUUUAUAAUAUUCAAGUUGUAAUAAGCAGAUGCUUUUUGAAUACACAUAAUAUGAGCACUACUCGGAAAAAAAGACUGAAAUUAUUUAA